AUGUACAAACCUUUUCGACCUGACAUUAAGGCCGUCACCGAGCAGAGUGGUACACGCCACGGUCUGUACUCGCGUGUCACACCGAGCAUGUAUCUUAUGCUUCCUGACGCUUAUAUUCGCAGGGACACGGAAUCAUCUGAGGCAUCAUCAACGAAGGCCAAGGAUGUACAACCAGACCAAUACAGAAGUUUCGCCUACCAAGCCUUCCGCUGUGGGUGGAACGAGGAGAGGCUACCCACCUGGUCGGAAACCGAGCUAUUUCUUACGGUCACAGAUGUCCUUGACGAAGCAAGUCCUUCAGUGGACGAACACUUCAGCGAUCCUUCAAGCACGAAACGACAAGAGCCGAGUCUUAAGGUCUCAAAUGAAGAUGCAGACUACACCCUCGAAGAUACGAUAGAUCCCGACCUAUCCACCGUCCCUUUAAACUCGCAGCGGAAGUUCUCAUUCGACGCAGAUGCACUAGCAGAUUGGACAAUAGUCGAGAACUCCUACCGUUCCUACAAACGAUCACAAUCGAGGAGAAUCCCAGAAGUGGGUCGCACGUCUACGACAUCCAACUCAGUAACUACCUACGAAGUCAGUCACUUGGUGAAUGAUAACCCUACUUACCUCCCAUACAAUCCCAAACAGCACAAGGCUGCGACACGCAUCACAUCCGAUGCUGACAAAGCACACACUACACCAGUGGCACUGCCAACAACGAGGUUCUACUCUGGAGCCGUCCACGCCUUCGGGCGUUUUACUUCUCGACGUAUAACACCUCGUGGCACAAUCUCGUUGCGGCAUCCAGCUGAGAGUGGCGGUGAUGACGAAGAGCAGUUUGAGAUGGAUCAUUCUUCCAGCGAGAAGAAGCAUAGCAAGACGGGUUAUCUAACUCUCUGA